GUGUUCAACUGAAAUCGGAAUCAUGUCGGGAUAACCAAUCUCCGGACACCACAAAAGAAAAAAAAAACGGUUCCUCUUUACUACAAAAAUCAAAAUCCGAACAAGGAAACAUAUUUAACAAAAACUCCAUCAUCUGUUACUUCUUUGUUUCCUUUCCUUCUUCACUUUCUCUAUCCUGAAUCUGAAUUCGUCAACUCUCUUGCCUCCGAUCUCUCUCUCUCUCUGUCUCGCCGUGGAUCGAGAUGGAGAGCUUACCGACGACUGUAUCGUCGAAAUCAGACAGGAGAGGAAGGUCUUCCAAGUCUCAGAACACAUCCAAGCCUUCUCUCAUCAUGGCCUUCUUCUCUUGUCUCGCUUGGCUCUACGUCGCUGGCCGGUUAUGGCAAGAUGCGCAGCACAGAGUAGCACUCAACACUGUGCUUCAGAAAAAUUUAGAACUGAGGCCUAAGGCUCUUACGGUUGAUGACAAGCUGAUGGUUCUUGGAUGCAAAGAUCUUGAGAGGAGAAUUGUGGAAACUGAAAUGGAGUUGGCACAGGCGAAGAGUCAAGGCUAUCUUAAAAACCAGAAGAGUCUUUCUUCUUCUUCUUCAGGGAAUAAGAAGAUGCUUGCUGUGAUUGGAGUUUACACAGGCUUUGGGAGUCACUUGAAGCGCAAUAAGUUUAGAGGUUCUUGGAUGCCACGAGAUGACGCUUUGAAGAAACUUGAGGAAAGAGGAGUUGUCAUACGCUUUGUGAUUGGUCGGAGUGCUAACCGAGGUGAUAGCUUAGAUCGGAAAAUUGACCAAGAAAAUCUUGCAACUAAAGACUUUUUGAUUCUUGAGAAUCACGAGGAAGCUCAAGAAGAGUUGCCAAAGAAAGUGAAGUUUUUCUACAGCGCUGCUGUUCAGAACUGGGAUGCAGAGUUUUAUGUCAAAGUUGAUGACAACGUUGACCUUGAUCUUGAGGGGUUGAUUGGGCUACUUGAAAGCCGCCGUGGUCAAGAUGGUGCGUACAUUGGGUGCAUGAAGUCUGGAGACGUGGUUACUCAAGAGGGAAGUCAAUGGUACGAGCCUGAGUGGUGGAAAUUUGGAGACGACAAAUCGUACUUCCGUCAUGCAACUGGUUCGCUUGUAAUACUCUCCAAGAAUCUGGCUCAGUAUAUCAAUAUAAACAGUGGAUUGUUGAAGACAUAUGCCUUUGAUGAUACUACCAUUGGAUCUUGGAUGAUUGGUGUCCAGGCAACAUAUAUAGACGACAACCGCCUUUGCUGCAGCAGCACAAGACAAGAAAAAGUGUGUUCCAUGGCAUGAUCAAUGCGUAGUUCCCUUUUCAUCACAUCCACACUUUGAGGAAGUUCUUGGAGCUGACUCCAAAUUUAUAGUUCUUUUUGGUACAAUGAAAUGAAAGUAUGAUUAGGCCAUUUAUUACAGUUUGUGAUUAGUGCAUACCCCUUGAGCUUUGGAGUAAGAUAAUUGGGGAAAAUGGUAUAGCUGUGAAUUAAGUAUUACUUUUCUUGUUAUUCAUCAUUCGUCCGUCUAUUACAUAACUUUUUACCCCGAA